UUCUUUUAAAUCAAACAUGGUCAAAUUGCUCAUGCUAAAUCAAACAGCCCCCGACAGGUUCAUCCUCUUAGGAUUCUCCGACUUCUGUGAGUCGCGGGUGCUGCUCCUUCUGUCUUUUCUCAUUAUUUACAUUGUAACCAUCAUGGGAAAUGUCUUGAUUGUGGUAACCGUCCUGUCGCAGCAUUGUCUUCAUACCCCCAUGUACUGGUUCCUUAGCAAUUUGUCCUUCCUGGAAAUCUGCUACACCACAAACAUUGUCCCCCGGAUGCUAUGUGGUUUCCGGUCAGAGAAGAGCACAAUAUCGCUACCUGGCUGCAUGAUACAGUUCUACCUCUUUGCGUCAUUGGGGACCACAGAGUGCUUGCUUCUUGGCAUGAUGGCUUUUGAUCGGUACCUAGCUAUUUGCCAUCCACUGCAUUACACAACGGUCAUGACUGGACGAGUAUGCACCCAGUUAGCAGCUGGUUCCUGGGCAUGGGGUUUUCUGAUACCCGUGAUAACAGUAGCAGUGAUGUCCCGUCUGACAUUCUGUGGUCCCAAUGAAAUCGACCAUUUCUUCUGUGAUUUCAAACCUCUCGUGAAACUCUCCUGCACUGAUUCCUACUCCAUCGAAACCACCGUUUGCAUCUUGUCCUCUGCUGUGACCUUGGUCCCAUUUGUCUUAAUCCUGGUGUCCUAUACUCACAUCCUCAGGGCCAUCCUGAGAAUCCCUUCCACAACGGGCAAGCAAAAGGCCUUCUCCACCUGUUCCUCCCACCUCAUUGUGGUCACCACAUUCUACGGGACCCUGAUUGUCAUGUAUGUGGCACCCUCAGCAAACCACUCGCCAGCUCUUAACAAGGUCUUCUCCCUGCUUUACACCACAGGGACCCCGAUGCUGAAUCCCAUCAUAUACAGCCUUCGAAAUCAGGAAGUACGAGAGAGUGUGAAGAAGCUCCUAAAGGCCAUGACCUUGAAGGGCGGCAGAUUCAAGGUCACAUUAUGUAAAUAA